AUGCAUAGAUUGUCCGAAGUAGAAAAGAAACUUGAAAAUGUUCAGGAAACUAAGCUGGAGAAGGAAGAGACUCGUACUCUUAGCAAAGGUGACACGUUUACAAGAUGGGGGAGAUUUUCUUGUCCAAAUGGAACAACAUUGAUCUACGACGGUUUUGCUGGAGGCUCUGGACAUAACGCAAAGGGUGGCGCAGCAAAUUAUGUUUGCCUGCAUAAACAGCCAACAUGGAACGAUAACAAUGUGUAUAAAUCACAAACGAAUCUUAUGUUUGGGGCAGAGUAUCAGACCAGUGGCACUAACUGGGAGAAGAUUCAAGAGUAUGAUGUCCCAUGUGUUGUAUGCCACGUACCUAGCAGCAAUAUUGUCAUGAUCCCUGGCCGAAAUGUUUGUCAUGAAAAACAUUCAUUGCAGUACAGCGGAUAUCUUAUGUCGGGUCACUAUUUGCAUCCAUCAGCAACGGAAUUUGUCUGUGUUGAUGAUGAGCCGGAAGUUUUUCCUGAUUCAAGUACACACCAUGCUAGCAAACUAUUUUAUUUCGUGUAUGCAAAGUGCGGAUCACUGAAAUGUCCACCGUAUGAAGAUGGAAAGAAAAUUACAUGCGUUGUUUGCUCAUUUUGA